AUGGGGAUCAUACCUCGUGGAUCUCCUGGCUACGAUACCAACAGCCUCUGCACGACCCCAGCAUGCAUCAAUAUUGCGGAUGACAUUCUAGGCAGCAUGGCCACCAAUCAUGCAAAGAUUGAUCCAUGCACUGACUUCGAUGAGUUGGUCUGCGGCAAUUGGGCAGAACGUAAUCCAAUCCCAGCAGGCGUGACGUCUGUCGAUGUACUAGGAGCUGUCCAAUGGCAUGUUUACGAUCUCGUUCGACGCGUCCUCGAAAAUCCCUACCCUUCGGGCCCAGACGCAGGCUGGAUAACAGUUAAUCUCACCAAAGACGAGACUAAAGCUGAUAAAGAGAAUUUUUCCAAGAUGCAGGAAGCUUACCAAAUCUGCAUGAACACAACCGCGCAUGAAGAAGAGGGUCUUAGCCAGCUUCGACUCCUAGCCAAGACAAUUGUCACGACGCUUCCUGCUUCAUCCAAUGCAAAGAAAGAGACUACAUAUGAUCAUUCAAAGGGAGUUGGUCAACUUCUUACGCUCUUUGAAAGCCUUGGGAUUGAGACAACGCAGAGAUUUAUUCAGGCUGCAGAGCCGUUGAACCCUGACAAGAUGGCGCUUGGCAUCCAGCCACCCACCGAUUCCGGUCUUCCAUCGACUCGCGAGGAUCUGUUGGAGUUCUUGAAGAUUUCAAGUGACCUUGUUUACUCGGUUCAUCCUGCUAACUUGACCCGUGGCCAAGCUCAGACUUUGAUGGAGUCGGUCGUCGCCCUUCAGCUCUCGCUCCAACCGGUAGCCGCCCCAGAGACAAAUGCGACAGAGGAGGCAGGCCAGGACAAAGACACCGAGGAGACUUCUGAGGGGGAUAUGUACAUUUCUAUCACUGAGAUUCAAGAAAUCGCCCCACAGUUGAACUUCAAGUACGUCGUCGAUCAAUUGGCGCCCGAGGGGUUCAAUGAUUCCAAGAUCGCGUUCACCUCUGCGGAGCUAUACAAGAACAUCUCGCAAAAGUUUUCCCAGACCCCACCAGAGGUCAUCCAAACUUUCUUCCUUUGGAAAGCCAUCGCUGCUGUAUCCACCUAUGUCGACUCUCCACAGACCGAGGCCUAUAACAAAUGGCAGUUCAAGCAACAAGGCAGAGAUCCAGGUAGUCCUCAACCCCGAUGGCAGCGAUGCGCCAUUCUUCUCGACAAUGGAGUUGACUGGAUCGCAAACGACGAUGUAGCUUCUCAGCUCGUCGGUCCUACAGGUCUAACUUGGAUUCUCGCCCGAUUCUUCGCCGAUAAGCACUUUACGCCAGAUGCUAAGAAGUUUACAUCCCAGAUCGUCGAUAAUCUUGAGGAGGCAUUUAUCGGACGCAUUGGGACCAGAUCUUGGGCUACUGAUAAGGUCAAGAAGACGGCAGUUGAGAAAGUUCGCGCCAUGACGAGCAAGAUCGGCUUACCAACAUCGCCCAAUGCCAUUGAUCCAAAGGUCGUAAAGAAGUUUUAUUCCGAUAUCGAGAUCACGCCAUCUUUGAUCCUCAAUGCUCUUUCCUUCGCAAAGUCUCGAGUUGCCAAGAACUGGGCAUCUCUUGACAAGCCUGUUGAUCGACAGAAGUUCCCAUCUAGCACUCUCACCACCAACGCCUUCCAUCAAGCCUCGGGAAACACCAUGAUAAUCCUAGCUGGUAUCCAACAAUCUCCCAUCUACGAUGUCGGCUAUCCGGCUUACAUAACCUACGGUGGUAUGGGAAGCAUUGUUGGGCACGAAAUCACUCAUGGUUUCGAUAACAAUGGCCAUCAGUAUGACAAGACGGGUAAUAAGAGCGCAUGGUUCGAUGAGAAGUCAACAGCAGGAUUCAAAAAGUCCACCGAGUGUUUCAUCAAGCAAUACAGCAACUUCACCAUCACCGGCUCCGAUGGCGAAGAGGAGAAGAUCGACGGAGAGCUCACUUUGGGUGAGAACGUCGCAGACGCCGGUGGUAUUCUCUCUAGCUUCGCAGCUUGGAAGAAAUGGGAGAAGGACAAUGGAAAAGCACAAGAUCUACCUGGACUCGGCAACUUUACGCAUGAGCAGCUGUUCUUUGUCAAGUGGGGUCAGAAUUGGUGUCAGAAUAUUAAGCCUGACCAGGUCAUUGCUGGGUUGACGGAUGAGCAUAGUCCUAACCAGGCCAGGAUUUUGUUGCCGUUGAAGAAUUCCGCUGAUUUCCAGCGAGCGUUCAAGUGUCCACAGAAGAAGCCUGUUUGUGAGCUUUGGUAG